UGAAGCAGCUGCAGGGCGCCGGCGGGUCCCCGCGCGCGCUGGCCUAUUGCUACGACCCGCCCGCGCUGCUCAUGACCUACUGCCGCGGCCGCGACCUGUCCGUGGCGGUGGACCAGGAGCCCAGCGACCGCGCCUGCCUCGCCAUCAUGCUCCGGACGUGCCAGGCCCUGCGGCAGGUGCACCAGGCCGGCUUCGUCCACUGCGACCUCAAGCCGGACAACGUCCUGCUGGAGGUGGACGCGGACGGCGAGCCGCAGGAGGUCCACGUCGUCGACCUGGGCCUGGCGUGCCGCGUCGGCCACUCGUACCCGCGCGCGGCCCCCGUCACCGGCAAGCCCUACUUCUGCGCCUGCUUCUUCGACGGCUCGCCCGUCCAGGCCCGCUGCGACGUGGUCGGCCUGGCCGCCACCCUCGCCUUCUUCAGGAACGCCAUGUCCUGCGAGCACGAGGAGCUGGACGCGCUCCUGCAGAGGGCCUCCGACGCGCAGCACGAGAGGCGGCCGUCGCUGGAGGAGCUCAUCGCCCUCCUGCAGAGGCUCCUUCGGGAGGCCGGGGCUCAGCUCCCCUCCUGCUGCGAGGCGCCCGAAGCGCAGCAGCCGGCGGGAGCAGCUUCAGUCCAGGACGCUUCUGAAGCGGCUGAAGCUCGCCAAGUCCCCGAGGCGGUGGACCUCGGCGAAAUGUGCAGGAAUUUCCGGGCGAUGAACAUCUUCCGGAGGUGAAACCUUUCCAGUUUUUGUUUAAUGUGAAGGAUCGUUGUUAUUUUGGUUUACUUGGUGUGUGAAAAUAAAUAAAUAAACAAAUAAAUAAAUAAAUAAAAGGCAAAAAAAAAAAAAAAAAA